CAGUAGACAUAUCGCAGUGCAUUAUAACCUAUUAAAUAAUUUGUAGGACAAAAAAAAAACAAAGUUUGUUUUGGUUUGCCUGGGAGAGCAUGUCAUACACCAGCUGGCUUGAUGGCGGCAGACGACGUCGGCGAGUUAAAUCAUGUCCAGACAUUAAAAGCUGCAAUACAUUUCACAGUAGGGCGAACCUGUGAGGAGAUUGGUGUCGAGUUGGGGUUGUCAUUUUCAAAGCAUGUGAUUGCCACCCUCUCAGAAAUUACCUGCAAACAGCUAGAGACUUACUCAGCUGACCUUGAAGCCUUUGCAAAUCAUGCACGUCGAGCAGUCAUCAACACAGAUGAUGUGAAACUUCUUGUUCGUCGAAAUCCUGAUCUGACUAAACAUAUUAAAGAAAUGGCAGAUAGCAUGGAGCAAGCCUCAGGGAAGGAGCGGAAGAAACGAGGAAGAAAGCCUAAAAAUGCUGAAUCACCUGCAGAAGCCUCUGAGCAAACCACUCCUUAACUUCAGAUAUUACUCAGUAAAAUUCAAAGCUAUAUAUUUAUACCACUGCCUAUUCUUGAGGAGAGGUGAUGUCCUGUUUGGUCAUUGAUAAGAUCAUUGCAUGGCAAAUAAUGUUUUACAAAUGUGAUCUAUCAUUAUUUAAGAGAUAAGUGUAGGAUUGUACGUGAUGUGUGUUACUUGGGUAUUGUCUGUAAUAAUUGUAAUGUAUUAUAGUUUGGCUAUUAUUGCCCUAGAAAAAAAUUAGUUGCAAGCCCCAGCUGGGAAUAAUAUUGUAAUGAAUACGUAUCUAUUUUUUAUAA